UAUACUAUUAAUAAUAAAUCUACUUUACAAAUUUAUUAGUUAUCAAAAUUUUACUUAUUUAUCUCAAAAAAAAAAAUGAUAUUUCAAAUAUUCAUUUUAAAUUUUUAUAGUUUUUGGAUUAUCAAUCAAAUUUGUAUGGUUUUCUGUAGUUCAAAGUUAGAUUCAAGCUUAAAUAUACAGUAUGUUUUUGAUGUAUAUAAUAUUAUUCGUCAACAAGAAGGAUGGAAUUCAAAUAAGUCAUAUGGAUUCGUGGACAAUGAAAACAAUUAUCAAUAUUUUGCUAAGGAAGAUAUUUUAGCGAAAGUGGAAAAAAAAAAUUUUUAUAUACAAAUACCAAUUAUAAACAAAUUAAUAAUUUUUAGAUACACUGAAUCUUUGAUAGUAUUUAGACAUCUAUUAAACAUUUUUGUUCAGAAAUGUUACAAAUAUAGGAAUUCCAACGAAAAAAUGUUCAUUUAUUGCUCUAAGGAGUUACGGAAAACUGUAAGCAAAUCAAAUAUCAUGUUUCUAAAAUUGUUAUACGUUACUACUUUGUUAGAUACUAUAAAUAAAUCGUUAUAUAAUAAUUUUCAAUUAAAUGUAAUAAGUAUUGUUAAACAGAUAGGGCUAUUGUAUGCUCUGACAUUAAAAAAUCAUCUUGAUUAUGAUGAUAUGGAAACGGCUAAUAAAGUAGUAGGAAAUGCUAGAAAAUUAGUUUUUAGUACAUUAGACAACAAAACAUUAGUCGAAAUUCACCAAAUAAGUAAGUCCACGUUACAUCAUUAUUCAAAUUCAGUUAAAGCAAUAUUAUUAGUCCAGUAUGGUAUAGACCUGAAACGAUAUAGAAAUACUAACACUAUUGAAGAACAUAAAGAAGCUUUAUAUUUGUUUUAUAAUCUAACAGUUAAAGAAGAAUAUUAUGAUUUGGGCUUUGACAAAUUGAUUGUUGAUGAUACUAAGACGAGUAUACAGAAUAAAAUUAUUGGUCGCUUUAAGAAUUAUAAAAGAGAAAAUGAAGUAGACAAUUUUGAAGAAGAAGAAGAUCAACUACCACCAGAUUCUAAUGAUGGACAAUUUAACAAUCUAAAUUAAUAUACGACGCAUGGUUUGAAUAAUAAACGUUUUUUUUUUUACAUUAAAAAAAAGAUAAACUGUUUAAUAAUUAAGUUAGUUACUAUUUUAUUCAAUGUAUUUUUAAUUAAAAAAUGUUAACAUAAAAAAAAUUUAUUUUUAUUAAUCCAGUGAUGAAACUGCAAAUAUUAAUUAUGACAGCAUUGGAAAAUACAAUUUUUUUAGUUUCAAACAAUUAUGUCAACAGUUUUCAAUUAAUUUUU